UGCUUCUUUGAGCUUCUAAUUUUAUCCAUUAAAAACACAUAGUCACAACUCGUUCAACAAAGACGAUGGCAGUAACACGAUUCUUCGUACCUUUUCUUGUUGUUCUUGCAAUAUUAUUGUCAAGUACAAGUUUUAUUUUCCUGGUAAAAGCUCAAAAUGUUUCCGAACCGGUUCUCGAUAUUUCCGGUAAAGCUAUCGAAAAAGGAUCGAACUAUUUCAUUAUACCGGUGUCUGGUCGGAGCAACGAAGGUGGACUUGAUGUGUCAUCCAUUAGGAACACAACUAAUAUUCUCGUUGUUACCCAAAAUGCUCAAUCUUCCACAGGCGAUAGCCUUCGAUUUUCACCAGUUGACCCGAACGAAAAUACAGUCCGAUUAUCGACUGAUUUGAACGUUAAAUUUAUGUCUAUUAUAAUUACUGAUUCGUCCACGGUAUGGACAAUUAACACUUCAUUAAUUCCACGACGUUAUUUAGUUACGGUUGGUGGAGUUGAAGGAAAUCCUGGUCGUGACACUUUGGGUAAUUGGUUCAAGAUUGACAAGUACGAGGAUGCGUACAAGUUUGUGUAUUGUCCUGGAGUUUGUGAGACAUGUAGACCGUUUUGUGGAGAUAUUGGAAUACUUGUUGAACCUAAUAACAAAAGGGUUUUAUUUGUUGGUUCUGAUAGACCAUUGAAAGUUAAAUUUGAAUAUACCACGUCGGAGAUUACCGUAACUAAUGCUCCUCCAAGUCCAAGUGCUAGCAAUCCAGACAUACUGCCAGCCAUGCCGUUUAUAAAAGUUGUAAUGUGCAUUGUUAUUGGUUUCCUGAUAAAGGUGGUGUGAGUUACACUAUUGUAAUUAUUUUGUGUUGGAAUCGAUAGGAUUCUUUUAUAUUUGAUUAUAAUUGCAUAUGAAUUUUGAUUGGUCAGGCAAUAAUUAGUGUACUUAAUAGGUUUUUUUUUAUAUAAUUUUUUUGAAAGGAAUACUGUUGUAAUCAAUGCACAUGUGUGUUAAUGUAUUAUAAUACUUGAGUGAAAAUUAUUGUAUUGAAGUGGAGGGGAAGUCUCAUAAUUUUGUUGUGGAA